UGGAGACUGAAGCUACCAGGGAGAAAACUGUGGUCUAACUUCAGGCAGCUGUACUGACAUGACAGCAAUAAUCCAGGGAGCAGCGGGGAAAGAACAGAAAACAUCUGCAAUGAACAGAGCAACAGGUAAUUUAACAGCAGAGCACAAACUGACCCUCGGUUCUUUCCUGGGACUUCUGGGACUCCUCCUGGAAGAAAACCGAACACAUCUGCUGACAGCAGCCAUUGUUUUCCUGAGUGUUGGGAUUAUCACCUCCUUUCUGUGCCUGCUGAUUGAUGGAGUCUGUAUCGCCCUAAACAUGGACAUUAGUCCACUGAAAGCUGGAAGGUGUCAGUAUUACAGCAGUGGCAGCAGCUAUGAGAAUUUCUUCUCCCCAGUGACAUGUUGGAGUCUAAAGGAGUCAUGUACCAUAUCGGUUCGAAGUGGCACCUGUUACUGCUGCGACCUGUACGACUGCGCCAAUGGAGGCUACCUCAACAGCUACUAUGAGUUUGUUGGCGUGCAAAGCUGUAAAGACGUCUUCACGCUGUAUGUUUUAAUUUGGACCCUCGCCAGCCUGAACCUUGUGGCCUUCUUCACAGGAAUACUGACCACUGCAGUGCUGGGCAGCGUCAGGCUUUUGCUCUCUUAA